AAGAAGCCGACUGUUGUGUGCGAGCACUAGAUCUACUUUGGAAAAUUUUAUUUCUUAUCUAUAUCCAGGUAUAAUCAGAAAGUAAAUAACAAAGGAAAACAAAUCCCAGCGAUAGAUUGUGUAUCUGGUUUUAAGUUCAACAGGAUAAGAUUGUGAAGAGAAAAAUGGUGUCAAUACCAGAUGAGUACCUAUGGAUGAUAAUUGUGGGCUUUAUCAUUGCUUUUGUUCUGUCAUUUGCAAUUGGUGCUAAUGAUGUGGCCAACUCGUUUGGAACAUCCGUUGGAGCUAAGGUGCUCACCCUGCGACAGGCCUGCAUUCUCGGCAGUAUAUUUGAGAUUUUGGGAGCCAUUCUUAUAGGUUACAGAGUGUCAGACACAAUACGUAAAGGGAUUAUAGAUGUAGAAUUGUAUAACGGGACAGAAAGUACACUGAUGGUGGGCAAUGUGGCAGCUCUAACAGGUUCCUGUAUAUGGCUGUUUGUAGCCACAAUUCUGAAGCUCCCCGUUUCCACCACCCAUAGCAUUGUGGGGGCCACAGUGGGGUUUGCUUUGGUGGCUCAUGGACACAAGGGGAUUAACUGGAUGAAGAUGGGAUUUAUUGUUGGUUCUUGGUUCAUUUCCCCCCUCCUGUCCGGUAUCAUCAGUGUUCUGGUGUUCCUGGCCAUUAAGUUUCUGGUGCUAAAUAAGGAGAAGCCCCUGGAGCCCGGUCUGAGGGUACUCCCCCUGUUUUACGCCCUCACUGCCGCCAUCAACCUCUUCUCCGUCUUCUACAAAGGAUCUGCAUUGCUGAAAUUUGAUAAGAUACCACUAUAUGGCGUGUUCAUCAUCACUUUUGGUUCGGCCGUUAUUGUAGCUGUUGUUAUCAGGCUGGCGUUUGUUCCCUGGUACAGGAAAAAGAUCCAAAAAUAUGUAGAGGAGUGUCAAGUAGAAGAGUCGGAGAAAGGAAAAGACAUAUUGGAAACAACAUUGGACAAUGAUGACGUCUCCAGACGCCAGUUGAUAGAUGAUGAGAAUAAAGAGAAUAUUGGAAAAAAUGAAUUGGAAGUUUCUCCAAGUGGAAAGAAGUUUCCUAUGGGUGCAAACUUAGCAAUUCUCAGUGAAAAGCUGUUGACUCCUUCAAUGCUUAACGGAAAUGUGAUAGAAAAAGACCUCAGUAUUCCUCAGUCCAAAAUCCCUAGCAAUUUUUCCACCCCAGAGUCUGACACAUCCUGCCAUUCCUCAGCUCCACUCUUGUGUACACCUGUCUCUGCCAAAGCUAAAAAUACAGAAGAAAAUGGAACACCUGGUGACAGCAUUGAAAGUGUGGCUGAUGUGAAGAUUGAGGUAGAUUUAGAGAUAGCCAGAAAUGCAGUAACAGACAAACCAGAAACCAUCAAACUUUUCUCAUUCCUUCAAAUCCUUACAGCAGUGUUUGGAUCCUUCGCUCAUGGAGGAAAUGAUGUCAGCAAUUCCAUUGGACCUCUGGUUGCAUUGUGGAUCAUUGGUACGGAGGGAAGCGCUGCCCAGAAGACUCAGACUCCCAUCUGGAUCUUGGUUUAUGGAGGAGUGGGAAUCACCAUUGGCCUGUGGGUGUGGGGAAGAAGAGUCAUCAAAACCCUGGGGGAGGAUCUCGCCAAAACAACACCGUCCAGUGGCUUCUGUAUUGAGGUUGGUUCAGCUCUGACCGUCCUGUUGGCUUCUAACGUGGGCAUUCCUAUCAGCACAACGCACUGCAAGGUCGGCUCGGUGGUAUCCGUGGGUAGGGUACGAUCAAAACAGAACGUAGACUGGAAGCUCUUCAGAAACAUCAUCCUAGCCUGGGUGGGAACCGUUCCUGUGGCGGGGGCCAUCAGUGCUCUUGCGAUGUACCUAUUGAUGUUCACGUUAUGAGGGGGAGAAACUAUAGAGAGGACAUUGUGAAUCAAUAGAACAGGGCUUCAGGGGGUCGUCCAACAGCUGGUGAAUUGUGUUGUGAAUAACUAGCAUUCCUAAGUCACUUUUUAUUACGACAAGUGCUACAAGUUUUGUCUAGUGCUAUAAGUUAUAAUGAUUGUAAGUGGAAUGAUACCUUUGUUUACCUCUGCCAGAGAUGGUAUAAUUUAUUUAUCUGGUUUACAUGUAGUCAUGUGACAUCGCAACUGCUACCUCAAAAAAAGUAUUUAUUCAUUGAAGUCGGUGUGGAGAAGAGGGAAAAAAAUUAUCUUGUCAACUAUACUUGUAAUAGCUUACUGCUUAAAGGUUCAACUAAAGAUCUCAAGCUUAUUAAUAUCAUAUCAGUAUUUUGUAUUAUUUUAAGCUUGAUAAUGUGUGCAUACCACCAGCAUUUUCAGUCAUAAGAGUAUUUGUCAAAUUAUUUUCCAAAAUAUUUUAUUGCAUUUCCUGAGGAAAUUAAGCUUGUAUUAUGAGGUCAUAGCUGAUCGUGAAUAUAUCUUGAGUUUAUAUCUCUCUAUUUCUUAGAGAUGAAAAAUCUAGUCCCUUUUCAAGAGUUCACUUAAGUUUUGAGUAUGUAUGAAUGCUGGGUAAGGGGGACAAUUUUAUAUCGUAAAGGAUAUCUGGGCCUUUUUUUGUGUUCAGUGUAUUGCCAAAAUUAAUUUUUUUAAAUAUAUUUAUCCCCCCCAAAAAAAAUUACAAAAAAAUUAUUUUAAAAAGAUGCAUGAAAAAAAAAUACAAAAAAAA